AUGCCGCCUCCACCUCGCCGCCACCCGCUCAGCGUACCCACCAACCAUCAUGCCGUCAACAGUCGACCCUCUCCUCCUGCGACCCCGCCCAAGCCGCAAGAACAACCAAAGCGGUCCGGCUCGCCACCUCUUCCUCGACAGAAUACCAAAGUUGCACCUCCUUCACCUCCGAAGGUUAUCACUGACAAGAGUCGCACACUUGAAUUUCAACGGGUUGGAUUGUUGGGCGAGGGUGGCUUUGCACGUGUAUAUGAAGUGCAAGAUCCUCGCGGACUGCGUGUGGCCUGCAAGGUGGUCACGAAAUCCUCCCUCAAGACGAAGAAAGCAAAGACUAAGCUGUACGCGGAGAUCAAGAUACACCGUUCCCUUAAUCACCCAAAUAUCGUUAAUUUCCAGGAAUGUUUCGAGGACGACGACAACGUAUACAUGACUCUAGAGCUAUGCCACAACGGCUCCUUAAUGGACAUGCUCCGCCGACGAAGACGGUUCACUGAACCAGAAGCGCGUUUCUUCAUGGUUGAACUGAUCGGCGCUUGCCAUUACAUGCAUACGCACCAGGUCAUUCACCGGGAUCUCAAGUUGGGGAACAUAUUCCUUGAUAAGAACAUGCAUGUGAAGGUCGGUGACUUCGGGUUAGCCGCUCUCAUCGAGAACCCAGGCGAACGCAAGAAAACCAUUUGCGGGACGCCGAACUACAUUGCACCAGAGGUUCUCUUCGACACUGCCAAUGGCCAUAGCUUUGAGGUGGACACCUGGUCAAUCGGCGUGAUUUUGUACACUCUUGUUGUCGGACGCCCACCUUUCCAAACAAAAGAUGUCAAAGCAAUCUACAAGAGGAUUCGUGACAACGAGUACGAGUUCCCCGCCGACCGCGCAGUCUCGUACCAAGUCCAAGAGCUCGUGCAGGUCAUUCUGACCCCAAACCCGCAAGAACGACCCACCCUGCACGAGAUCAUCGAUCACGCAUGGUUCACUUCCGGGACUGUACCAGGCUAUAUCCCGGCCACAGCCCACGAUGGAGUGCCUGACUUCCGCCACAUCACGCGACCGAUUUCAGAGGCGAAUCUCGCCCGACUGAGAGGGAAUGCCAUGCUUGACAAGGAUCAGUCUUCCAACAUCGCUGUUCCGGGCGCGCGGCCAUCAGGCGCUCCAGGUACUGGAGUGAGUGCAAAUGUUGCCGGGAUGAAGGGCGUGACGUCGAGUCUCGCGCAGCAAGAGAAGGAGUUCCACAAGGCGGUGCAGCCUGGCAGCCCGAUCUCUGCUCUGCUCAGCUCUGCACGACAGCCGCUCAUGGUCGGCCCGAUGCCCACACGUGACGAGCAGCCCCUCAUCCGCAAGCUGCAAGCUGCCAGAGAUCACCGCGGCCCUGCUCGCCUCCGCAUGCAGGCUUUCCCUGAGCCUGAGGACGAUGGCGAGCUCAGGCGAGAAGAGCAGCGCAAGAAGGAGCUCGAAUCGCAGAAGGCACGGAUUGUUGCUCAGAUGGCCACCACCGGUGCACCAGAGUCAGAGUACGCUCAGGAUGGUCCGGAGAACCAGGAGAACGUCCCUCCUACGACCUACCGUGACAAUCGUUCCAAAGAGCAUGUCAAGAACAAGGACAAGGAACGAAUUACCAAGGACGAACCUGCCUCAGCUGGCGCGAGCCCAACGAACUCUGGAAGUCUCCCGAUAAAGCCUAACGGCUUCGAUGCCGCAGCGCGAACGCUCACUGCUGCGUUCGAAGCUAAGGCAGCCGGACGAUUGUUCAGAGAUCCACGCGACGACGUAGACCUGCCAGACGCGAAAGUGUUCAUAGCCUCCUGGGUAGAUUAUUGCAAUAAGUACGGCAUGGGCUACGCCCUGACGGACGGUUCCGUGGGCGUCCACUUCAACGACAGCACCACCAUGAUCUUGGCUCCGGAUAAGAGCCAUUUCGAUUACAUCACGUCGAAGAGCAAAGGUAUGGUCUAUGUGCGCAAGAACCACACCAUUGAAGACUAUCCUGAGGAUCUCAAGAGCAAGGUCUACCUGCUGAAGCACUUUGAGAAGUACAUCAUGGAGAAGUUAUAUGGUGAUUACAACUACACGUUCGAGGACCGGGAACGCGUCAAGGGCAUGGACUUCGUCGUCAAGUAUCUCCGAAUGAAGCAUGUGAUUGUGUUCAAGAUGAGUCAUGACGUCUUGCAGUUCAAUUUCUACGACCACUCAAAGGUGAUCUUAUCCUCACAGGGCCUGCUUAUAACACACAUCGACAAGAACUAUAAACUCACGCGAUGGACGCUCAGUGAGGUGAUGGCACAGGCUCUCCGUCCUUCCCACGCCGAUCCCGAGCGGGCCAAGUUCCACCAGCGUCUUGUCGACAAGUUGAAGUAUUGCAAGGAGGUCCUGGUGUCUAUCAAGAAUGCUAGUGUUAGCCAGGUACAGGGACAGGCUCAGGCGGCUCCUGGAUCUGCCAUGGCUCCUGAGGAAGUGCCUUCUUCUGGGACGAGGUCAUCGGUGUCGAGCAAGGCAUCUAAGGUGUCUCUGCGCUAG